AUGAACCCUAGUGUCGCGCCUCUAGCACCCCUAUUGCCUCUGUACCUCGCCCUGGCCGUCCAGGUCGUCUGGGAGUUCGCUGUGCCGCUCGCCGCCCUCCACACAUGGCGCCUCGCGCUCACCGGGAGCUGCACCGAAGUUCGCCGUCUGUUCUCGGUCCGCCUCCUUGCCCCCUCCGUCCUAGCUUGCUCUGCCGUCUGGGCGGAAGGCGUGACUCGUGCCAGGUAUGGGGGAGACCUGCCUCGCUACGAACGCGUCGCGCUGAAAAUCCUUGGGCUUUCCCUAUCGAUUUUGUGGCCAGAAGUUGCCUCCCAUUUUGCCCACGAGAACGUAAACAUUCGUGAACCAUUCUAUAAAUUUUAUAUGAAGAAGCUUACUGGUCUUUUUCUUGGCAUCACCCUAAUUGCUGUGGUCAUACUUGUUCCUACUCAAAUCGCCGAUCGAUUGGCACCUGGGUUGUUCCCAGUAGAUAUCACCUACUUUGGUUCCCCUACAACGGACACAUCGAUUUGGCCAGCACUUCAAAACUGUGCAGAUCCAGUUUGUGGUGUUCUUCUACUGAGAUUUCUCAUUAGCCAUACUCACACACUCAUAUACCUUCAAUGGUUAGUGAAGAAGGUUGUGCAGUAUACAGUUCACACUAGACAUGCUCUUGGCCAGUCAGCUUUGGUGACUGUCUCGUCCAAUGGAGCUUCUGGACAUUAUGCUGGAAGCAGUGUCACACCAAAAGACAAGCAUAGUAGCACAAAUGAUGCUAAGGAUAAAAGGAGAUCAGUUUCUGUUCAUACAAUCCUAAAUGUUGGGCUUGCAUGGUUGACUGUUGUAAUAUUCAGUUCAGCUGUGCUCAUUUUUCCAAUCUCAGUUGGGCGCGCCUCUUUGUUCGCCAUAAGUCGGCUGCCACUAGCAGGCGGAUUGAAAUCUAAUGAUCUGCUUGCUUUGGUUGUUGGAUUUGGCAUCAUAUCAACUGUUAUUGCCGCCUCUAGUGGUUCAUUUGCGUACUUGACUUCUGGGAGAACACACCCUCUAGCUUUGAGUCACUCUGUUAUUGUGUUUCUAUGGUUUGUCAUUGUUCCCAUCCUGAUCGGGUUGCUGGUUGAUUUAUCACUAAUAUCACCAUUCAUUGGGCCUGAUGAUGACGCUCCAAUUCUAGACCUUCUCCACACUUGGUUCCUGGGGUGGUUACUGCUUAAAGUCUGGGUGAAAUGGGUUCAUUGGCCCCUAACCCCGUUCCUGGCCUAUCUAACCAUCGAAUCACGGGGCUCGAGCCUUACUAGGGAGAAGGUGGGCUGGCCUCCUGGUGUGGUACCUUUGACGUGGUUCCUCCGAGAUAUAUUUGUGCCCGUUGCCACGAGACUGCUUGCUGCUUUGGGUGUCCCCUAUGUGCUUGCCAAGGGUGUCUUCCCGAGAUUUGGUUACUCUACCGCUGCAAACUCAGCGGCAUACCGCCUUGCGUGGCUGGGUGGUGUUAGCUUCUGCACACUCUGCCAUCUCGCUAAGGGGUUCUGCGUUGGACUCUGCCAUCUCACAAAAGUGUUCUGCGUUGGACUCUGCCAUCUCACCAAGGCGUUCUGCAUUGGACUCUGCCAUCUCACCAAGGCGUUGUAUGUUGGACUCUGCCAUCUCACCAAUGUUUUCUAUGUUGGACUCUGCGAUUCUAUCAGGGGUGACCCCAUCGUCAUUGGGCAGAGGCUGGAAGACGUCGCCGACGAUCUCUGAAGACCCGCGAACUCUGUUUAGCUGGAAAAGUGUCUGGUGGUAUUAACAGUUUGUAUACGAACGUGAAGUAGUAUAUAAUAUAGACCACAUAGUUGAGACGAAGGAUUUGGAUGAGACGGGAUAGACAUAUACAAUUUUCUGGUGGAACUUGCAAAUAUAUAUGGAUGCAGUUUUCA